AUGGCUACCUUGUUCCAGUCAUUUCGAGGCUCAGGCAUGCCCAAACGCCUUCUUCGCUAUGCCUUGUCCCGACUGGACCUGCUAGAUGCCGACGCCCUCGACAUGGAAAACCUCGACCUGGCAAUAGGGAGGAACACCGUUUUUGAGUUCCGAGAUGUUGGCAUCAAGCUCAAGAAGCUUCAAAAACUCCUCAGCCUACCGCCGACUUUUGGUCUUCACAUGGCUAAAGUGCUUCUCCUCCGCAUAACUAUACCCAUGGACUUCUACACAAGUCCCAUUAUUGUUCAAGUUGAUGGUGUUCGCGUCGGCUUAAAGAUUUUUGGGGACACAUCCAAGGCAGGUCGGACGUCAGGCACGCCGACUCGGGAAGCCUUCGUGGUUCCGAAUACAGCCGAUUUGGCGCAAUCUUUUCUGGAAACCCAGCCGAUUUCCGAAAGAAGACAGCUGGAAGAUGCUCUGGCUGCAGAGACCAACGAUUUGGGAGCAUCCGUCACCAUUAGUGAGGAUGGGAGCGAAGACGAGUCUCAAUUUGGUACAGGGCAGCCGCUUUCACUACCAGGAUUUCUGGCAGACUUUUUACAGAGUAUCGUCGACCGAACACAGAUCGUCAUAAAGAAUGUCGUGUUCGAGCUCGACCUGGAGGUUCCCGCCGAGUUGAAUUCAUCUAAACUCGAGCCCAUUUCUCUCCAGGUAGCCAUCGGACAAGUCGACGUUGAAGGCAUCACCACUGACGUUCAAGGGGAGAAUCCUGGUGCUCCGCGAAUCGUCCACCGGGAGGGUAAGCGCCAUGUCUCAUUUUCGAGCGUCCGCGCUUCCUUAAUAUCCGAAGUUGAUGCCUUCGCCUCCUUCACUCGAACGCCUUCAACGACCUCUCCAUCUUUUGCCUCGUCACCGGCAAUGACGAGAAACCCACCAUUUCGACAAGCCACUUUCCUAUCACAAGGUAGCUUCCAUGAACAGCCUAUGGCAGCCCUCCAGGAAAGUUUUCGGGAACGCCUGUCGGAUGAUGAUGACAAUGAAGAUUCGGACAGCCAAGACUACCCUCUUGGUGACAGCGAGGAAGCGCUAGCGAUACCAUAUGACUUCUCAGAUAUGGAACGUGCCCUAGAAGAGAAACCCGAGGACGCACUCGGCGAUCGAAGCCCAUCGACGCCCCGCGCAUCGAAAUAUUUUGACUCCAAAGUAUCCCCAAGAUCUAGUCACUUAUUUUGUUCUACCGAGUCUAGCCUGACAUCGCCAACACAGGCUCAGGCGGCUACCGAGUUCCAAGGGUCCGGUCUUGGCGCUGAACAUGAUAAUUUGACGCAUGCUGAACGGUAUCAUGAGACUGGCUUGUCUCAUCUGGCUCCUUCAGAACUGUGUAGCCAAGCUUCCCCUAUGCCAGGAAGUCAACUGCCGUCGGGGUCCGCGUCUGAGACAGACUUGGCAGAGUCGCAGAUCUACACACAUGAGGAAGCAGAAAGUAUGUAUCUGAGUGCGUUUUCACAGACCGCGGCUCAGCGAAGUUCGGCCUUCGUAGAGGAGCAAGCUCCCGACGUCUCCCUCGAUAUGCCCAAGAAUAUCAUAGAGACGGUGGAGAUGGAGAAGUCUCGAGUACUAGGACGUUCACAACCAAUCAAAGCACAACAGGACGCUGGACCUUUCCAGAAAUCAGAGACACGAGAGACAAUGGAUAUACCAACCAAAGACGACGUGGAGCGACCUCCUGUAACGCCCUUUACACAGCACAUAGAAGAUGCCCCACCAAGAACACCAACUAUGCCAGGCGCCUGGGACGAUAAUAUCAACACAGACCAUGAGACCAUUGUGCAUUCUGCGGAUAGAGCCGGUGGAAAGGAGCCUGCUGCCAGUGGCGAAAAAGCUGGAUCUGAUGGCAACAGCACCAUGUCAUCGCCCGCAUUUAGUCAGGCAUCACUAUUGCGCUCUUUGCGGCAACCGCUCCUCAGCCCUGGGUUUGAAUCGUGCGCAGACGAUAGUAUUGCCACCCCCAGAAGCCCUCCAAAGCUGGUCAAAGAGAUUAUGCGGCUCAACAGUGCUUCAAUCUACCUCCCUACACAGCAUCAGCACAUUCAUGUUCACGUCGACUCCCCCGCAUCGCUCAGUCGACUGUCGGAAUCGUUGGGGCAAUCAUCAUCUAUCUACCCUCAGGCGCCUGGAGCAUUUUCAAUUCAUAGCUCCUCAUCGCCUAGACAACCCCAGCCUGCACGGGGAAAAGCAGCAGACAGCAGCGACAGCGGGGUUUUAGAAGCGAUUUUGUCUCCAGUCACUAUCAACUUUGAUGCGUCCAUUGCCUUCUUACUGGCUAUGGCGGUGGAGAAGCUUCUUCAAGCCAUGGAGAUUGGGAAGCGGCCCGGUCGACAGGCAUCAUUACCGACACAGCAGGACUCGAAACCAGCAGCUGUUCCCCGUACGAAAAUCCUUGCUGAGGAGAUCACAGUCAAUUUUCUUAAUAGGCUAAAUGGCUUGAUCAAUCCUUCACAUCCGCAUGUGGAUUUUCCCCCACUUAAUGUUCAUGAGGACGUUCUAUUGAAUAUGACCCUUACGAAUCUAAAAAUUUCGAGUAUUCCUGUGUCAGAUGACACGAAAGUUUCCAUAAUGGCCAAUAGGCCCUGCUUGCCUAAGCGAGGUGACACCUUUACAAAGAUUGACGUUGGAAAAUUCCGCUUCGGGUACGCCAGGGGUGACAUUUUGUCGUUCGAUGGCGCAAGACAGAUGAGCACAUCUAUCAGAGACUCUUUCCUUUCCACCGGACACGAUAUCGGAAUCGAAAUACUGCAAUCCGCUGAUACCAUUCGAACGAGCGUGGAAACACUUCCGCUGGUCGUUCAGAUCGAUUUGCAGCGACUUGACGAAACCUUUGGUUGGUUCGGUGGACUCAGCAGCUUCCUUAACAUGGGCGCUUCGAUGACUUCCAGCCCGCCACCAACAACAAAGUCUCUCCAGACUGUUUCGCCAAAGCCACGCGGUGUUCGAUUUGACACACCAAUUGAUCCGACAGAUAAGUCAGCCUCAGCGCAGAACAAGACGAACUUGAGAGUCGGAGGAGCAUUGAUAGAGCUUGUUGGUAAAGACUGCAGCGUGGUUGCGGAGACCAGCGCUUUGAAGGUCGUCAGCAGAGAUGCGGGCGUUGGUAUUGGUUGUAGUAGAAUACGAAUUUCGGGCCCCUAUCUCAAGUAUUCCAUGGCAGACCCGUCCAUUAGUGCAGAGGUCGGGGGCAUGAGGCUGGAGUUUCUCUUGGCACCCAAGGAUUCAGACCUUGAAAAACUGCUUGAGCUCAUCAUUCCCUCCAAAGUCAAGUUUGACCACGGAAACGAUGAAGUGAUGGUCGACACUCUCCUGCGACAGAGAAGGAAAGGUUCCGUGUUGAGAGCAACUUUGGAUACUGUCAACUUGACCGUCAAGAACAUCGGCCAGCUUUCUGCGCUCCCAGCGCUUGGCGAGGAGAUUUCCAAAUUGGCAGCAGUCGCCAAGUACCUACCAGAGGAUGACCGGCCUGGCCUGCUCACGCUGACCAGAGUACAGAAACUUUCCUUGAAUUGCCGACUUGUCGAACGUAUUGGCCACAUUAGUUGUGACAUUCGAGAUCUUGAAGUAGGCCAAAUUACCGUCCCAUCUCUGAUUGCUGUUGCAGUUCACAGCAUCGACGUCCGGCGAAAUGGAACUGAGGAACUCGUUGCUUCCAGCCUUUUAGAGGGCGCACCGGGUCCGACAACGAACGGUCCAGUUGUCAUGCUGCGGAUGAUUGGGGAUGAAAUCGAACCGAUCAUGAAACUCAAACUUCAAGAUUUGAGAUUUGAAUAUAGCGUCGCCACUGUAAUGGAUUUUCUCGAGCUUGGAAGCGAUGCUACGCCACAAGAUUUCGAGGCUGGCCUUGCAGCGUCGGUUUCAAACUUGGGAGAUCAAGCUCAUGCCGCUCUUUUGCGCCGACCGGCUUCACCCAGCGCCGAGAAGGCCACAAGUCCCAACAAACCCACGACUCUAGACUUGGCUUUGAGAGAUUGUGUUGUCGCGCUGAACCCGUAUCGCCUGCCGUCAAAAAUGAUUGUGGCGCUUACCGAUGCGCGUGUGCAAGCCAUUUUGCCCAACAAUGGCAGGACGAAAGUUUCAAUUGGCGUUAACAAGGCUUCCGUUCUCUUAAUAGACGACGUCAAACAAAUUCAAAACAUGGGUGGGCGGGUCGAAAUACCAAGAGUUCGAUCGGCAUCGCCUGUCUCUACACAGGUAGAAGAGCUCUGUGCUUUGGGGUUUGUAGACAUAUGCUACAUAUCAUCAGCGAAUGUUGUCGUUAUCCUCAUCCCCGAUGCAAAGGCCGAGACAAAAAUCGAAGUUGAAGUACGGGACGACCUCUUGGUGUUGGAAACAUGUGCUGACUCUACGCAAACGCUCAUUACUUUGGCCAAUGCCUUGAAGCCUCCGACCCCUCCAUCGAAAGAAAACAAAUACAGAACAAAGGUCCUUCCGGUACAAGACCUUCUAGCCUCCAUCUCCGCUGAGGCAUUUGGAAGACCAGAAGGUGAAUACGACUUUGAUCAAGAUUUUGCGGGGGCACAGGAGAUGGCAGGAAGCGGUUCUGAAGAUGGGUUGGAGAGUGACAAACCACUUUCUGUUGACUCGAGAUUUUACGCGUCGAACCAAGCAGGCGAGGAAUUGUUUGACGCAACAAGGAGCAUGGAAACAUCGCAAGGUGCCUUGAUGGAAGACACGAAUGAAGGCGUCCUGCUGACCGGAUUCAACCAGUCUCAAAGUGAGUUGUCUCAGAGCACUGACGACGACCUGGUGAUACAUGAGAAUUUCUAUGAUGGGACCACGCCCGAAGAACAUGGGGCGAUGGUGUGGAACUCAAACAAGAAUUCUUACGACAGAGCACCGACCAGCCUCAUUCAUGCUAGUCCGGUAAAGGUUUCUGUACGGGACGUGCACGUUAUCUGGAACCUGUUCGAUGGUUAUGAUUGGGCCGACACUCGUGAUGUCAUUGCAAGGGCCGUGGAAGACGUCGAACUCAAGGCUACCGAGCGCCAGUCCCGACGAUCUGGUCUUCAGCCUUAUGAGGACGGAGCCGACGGUGAGGAGACUAUCGGGGAUUUUCUGUUCAACUCCAUCUACAUUGGAAUACCCUCCAACCGGGACCCCCAGGACCUAGCGCAGGCCAUCAACGAGGGGCUAAAUGAUAACGCGACAGAAACAGAGUCUGUAGCGACAACCACCGUUACCAUGAAUACGACUCGAGCGUCACGACGAAGCUAUCCCAAGUCCAAGCGCUUGCGACUACAUCGCAGUAAGCAUCACAAGAUCACAUUUGAGCUGCAGGGCGUGAGUGUCGACAUGGUCGUGUUCCCACCUGGCAGUGUAGAGACGGUCAGCAGUAUUGAUGUUCGGGUUCAAAAUUUUGACAUUUUCGACCACGUCCCUACAUCGACAUGGAAGAAAUUCGCGUCCUACGACCAAGAUUAUGGAGAGCGUGAAAUGGGCUCCAGCAUGGUCCACAUCGAACUGCUCAACGUGAAGCCGAUUCCGGAACUGGCUGCUUCGGAGAUGGUCCUUCGUGCAACAGUGUUGCCACUACGACUGCAUGUGGACCAGGAUGCCCUGGACUUUAUUACUCGGUUCUUCGAAUUCAAGGACGACAAAGUGCCCGUUCAUGCGUCGCCAAGCGAUGCGCCCUUCCUUCAGCGCGCGGAGGUGAUGGACAUUCCAGUCAAGCUCGACUUCAAGCCCAAGAGGGUUGACUAUGGCGGUCUGCGAUCUGGCCAUACCACCGAGUUUAUGAACUUUAUCGUGCUGGAAGAGUCUCGGAUGGUUCUCCGUCGCACCAUCAUUUACGGUGUCGCGGGCUUUGAUCGCCUUGGCAAGACGCUGAAUGACAUUUGGAUGCCAGAUGUCCGAAACAAUCAGCUCCCUGGGGUUGUGGCUGGGCUCGCGCCUGUUCGAUCUCUAGUGAAUAUCGGUAGCGGGUUCAAAGAUCUGAUUGAGAUUCCUUUGCGCGAGUACCAAAAGGAUGGCAGGGUCAUACGAAGCAUCUCCAAAGGGGCGGUUGCAUUUGCCAAGACGACUGGCACAGAACUUGUCAAGCUCGGCGCCAAACUUGCUGUGGGAACGCAGUAUGCUCUCCAGGGCGCGGAAGACAUGCUUACCCAGCGCGGCCAACCAGAGGGCAACUGGGAAGAUGACGACCUGGGCCCGGAGGAUAGGAAGCAGAUAUCGUUGUAUGCGGACCAACCCACGGGAGUCUUGCAGGGCAUCCGGGGUGGGUUCCGGUCACUAUCUAGAGAUGUCAACCUUGCACGGGAUGCCAUCAUCGCAGUGCCCGGAGAAGUCAUGGCAACCCAAUCAGCGAGUGGUGCUGCCAAGGUCAUGUGGAAGAGAGCGCCGACGGUAAUAUUCCGACCUGCGGUUGGUGUGACCAAGGCCAUUGGACAGACACUUAUGGGAGCAACCAAUGCCUUGGAUCAGGAUAACAGGCGGCGGAUUAGCGAGAAAUACAAGCACUGA